AUGUGGAAUAUCAAGCAAUAUUCAUCGUUAAACCUUGAAAGUCCUCAUCCAAACAGCACCAGUUUUGUCACACCGCAGACAACAUUCAGCUGCAUGUCGUCGUUUAAGUUCACAAUGACUACAGGGGGGGCAUUAGAAGUCAACUUGCAUAUGGUGUCAGAGAAUCCAACAACUGAUCAAGUGACGAUCAUAGCUUUCCAUCACAUCCCUGGAGGAACCGACACUACAGUUGGAACUUAUGUUCUCAAUCCCUUAUUCCCCAACUUUGUACCUGGUUGGCAAACCUUAAGAUUAACCAUACUUGGAUCUGGUACAUUUGAAGGCUACGUAGCGUUUAUAGGAAUGGCGGCAGAAAAUUCAGUAAUAUUAAUAGACUCAUUUCGCUAUAUUGCACCAUCAUUCGACAAGGAUUUAUGUGUGAUAUAUAAAGAGGAAGAAACAACAACUACUUCGACUGAACCGCCAACGACUACUACCACCGAAGCACCUACUACAACAACCACUGAAGUUCCUACUACAACUACUACCGAAGCGCCUACUACAACCACUACCGAAGCGCCUACUACAACCACUACCGAAGCGCCUACUACAACCACUACCGAAGCGCCUACUACAACCACUACCGAAGCGCCUACUACAACCACUACCGAAGCGCCUACUACAACCACUACCGAAGCGCCUAUUACAACUACUACAGAAGUACCUACUACAACUACCACAGAAGCACCUACUACAACUACUACCGAAGCGCCUACUACAACUACUACUGAAGUGCCUACAACAACUACUACAGAAGUACCUACUACAACUAACACCGAAGCACCUACUACAACAACCACUGAAGUUCCUACUACAACUACUACCGAAGCGCCUACUACAACUACUACCGAAGCGCCUACUACAACCACUACCGAAGCGCCUACUACAACCACUACCGAAGUGCCUACUACAACUACUACAGAAGUACCUACUACAACUACCACGGAAGCACUAACUACAACUACCACCGAAGCACCAAUAAUCACUGGUGCCCCAAUUAACACAGGAACACCUGCUAGUACUACCACCGAAGUACCUACUACAACUACCACGGAAACACCUACUACAACUACUACCGAAGCGCCUACUACAACUACUACCGAAGUUCCUACUACGACUACUACCGAAGCGCCUACUACAACUACUACCGAAGCGCCUACUACAACCACUACCGAAGCGCCUACUACAACUACUACCGAAGUUCCUACUACGACUACUACCGAAGCGCCUACUACAACUACUACCGAAGCGCCUACUACAACUACUACCGAAGCGCCUACUACAACUACUACCGAAGUGCCUACUACAACUACUACCGAAGUUCCUACUACGACUACUACCGAAGCGCCUACUACAACUACUACCGAAGUGCCUACUACAACUACUACCGAAGCGCCUACUACAACUACUACCGAAUCCCCUGCUACAACUACUACCGAAGCACCUACUACAACUACUACCGAAGUUCCUACUACAACUACCACUGAAGCACCUACUACAACGACCACUCAAGCGCCUAGUACAACUACUACCGAAGUGCCUACUACAACAACCACCGAAGAGCCAACUACAACGACUACUGAAGCGCCUACUACGACUACCAUCGAUGUACCUGCUACAACUACCACUGAAUCGCCUACUACAACUACUACUGAAGCUCCUAUUACAACUACUACCGAAGCGCCUACUACAACUACCACCGAAGCACCUACUACAACUACUAUCGAAGUACCUACUACAACAACCACCGAAACGCCUACUACAACUACUACCGAAGCGCCUACUACAACUACUACCGAAGCGCCUACUACAACUACUACCGAAGUUCCUACUACAACUUCCACUGAAGCACCUACUACAACUACUACGGAAGCGCCUACUACAACUACUACGGAAGCACCUACUACAACUACUACCGAAGUGCCUACUACAACAACCACCGAAGCGCUUACUACUACUACCACCGAAGCGUCUACUACAACGACCUCUGAAGCAGCUACUACAACUACCACUGAAGCAGCUACUACAACUACCACCGAAGAGCCAACUACAACUACCACCGAAGCAUCAAUUACUGGCCUUCCAAUUACAACUACUACAGAUGAGCCAACUACCACAGAUCUAACUACAACUAAUGAACCAACUGCUACUACAGAUCUUACUGUAACCAAUGAACCAACUACUACUAUCACUACAACAACUAAUGAUAAUCCAACAACUAGUACAGAUCCAUUAACUUCAACGCCAAAUGAAAUGGAUACUACAACUGAAUUUAUUGAAACAACAUCAAAUUCACCGAAUACAACUACAAACCCACCUAUUAUUGAAGAACGCUACUACACAUUUUGGAACGCAUUUACAAUAACAAUGGUAGUUGCACUAUCGUUAAUAGCUUUAGUAUUAAUUGCAUACGCAUUCUACAUAUUAGGCAAAAGUCGUAGGAAAGAAGAUCAGGACGCAAUAGUUGUUGAUUUCGAUGAUCUACCGAAACCUUUCGUUAUGCCAAGAGUUAGUAAAAUAAUUUCCAAUCCUAUGAGAAUAAUAAGUAGCCAAUAUCCUGUAUAA